GUCGAAAGGUUCUUCAAUGUUUCUCUAUACAUUUGAUGCAGACAAACCUAGGGAAGAGACUGAACACCGCGGAGUCCAUCAUAAUUCAGUAAUUACGAGGGAUGACUCCUCCAUUGGAAUCAAUAUAUUCACUAAGAACAGUAAAUCGUCUUUCAUGAAUGAUCAUUCCUCUGACCAAAACACGCCAUCAAUGGGAAACUCCCAUUAUGUGUCACAUCAGGGAAAUCAGAGAAAUUUAAUGCUCAUGAAAGAAAAGUCAGGUGCCAGUCAAGAAAGGAUAGGACCUCUUCAGCACGAGUUUGAAGAGUUUGUUCCAAGUGAUAACAUCAGCCAGAAGUCAAUUCCGUACCCAGGAAAUUCUUUAACUACAAAAUAAUGGUUAUGUUACCCGAAAUGUGAUGAUAGGGAACCAGCCAGCACAGUCAGUAUCAUCAUAUUCCUCAGCUAGAGGUCUUAACCCCCUAAGCGCAUUAUAUAAUAACCAAAAAUCGUCACUAAAGAACACUACGAUGACAGGGAACUCAAACCUGAUUGGAGGGACUAUGAACAGCCCAUCCCAAGGUACUUUCUAUUAUCCUAAAACUUUAGUAAAAAUUGCUCUCAACCAUGGCCACAGUAGUAGCCAAGAAAUCAGUACUCCAUCUCAGUGCAAAUACUGUAUGGACACCAGCCUUAAGAUCGACCAGCUUUCGGUUUCCUUACUGAAAAUGAAAUAAAUCUAAGGAAAAGCUCAAUAUUGAACUCCUCGAAAAGGAAGGCAAGAUCGUCAUUUACGAAGAGAAAAUACACCAGCUGUUGACGACUAUUAGAACUUUGGAAAAAUAAACAGAGAAAGCAGGCCAAAGCUCUAAUGGAAAUGGAGACCAAGGAAGUAAUGGACCUGGCUGGCAAGCUCAGUGAUGACUACACAUACUUGAAUUACGAUGAAAGUGAUCCCUCUCUUAAGAAGACAGAUAAGAGGUUAUCAAAUAAACUUCGAGAGUCUCAGAGUCUUAAACCUUCAGUUGAAAGAAAACGGUCUGGGAAUAGCAAGACAAAAAUUAUGGUGAUAAAACCAAGAAUUGAUAAGACAGUCAGAGUUAGCUCCAAUCUCUCUCGACCAAGCUUUGGGAAUAACCUUAACUCCUCUAUAAAAUCAAAUAAAGUCAAGAUGAUACUCGAAAGACACAGGAAGCUUAAGAAAAGAAGUAAUGCAGAUGUGUUUAAUCCAGGAGAAACUAUGGAUAUCAACCGGACUAAAAUCAAGGCACUAAGUAAUCAGGAAAGAAGAAACAAAAGUAGGUCUGAUGUUAGCCCUAAUCUUACUUGAGGAAGCUUCUUGAAAAACACAUCUCAAAUAAUCACUGAUAACUCCCAAGAUCAAAGAUCUAUUGGGAGCAUCCAGAGUAAUUCACUUGAAGAAGAGGGGCAAAUGAGUAAUGCUAAUAUUCGUUUUCACGAAAACCCAGUGAUGGAGGAAUCAAGUACAGAAGAUUACCAAGAUACAUACAAAAAUUCUGAAAUAAUCACUAAUUCUGAGAUGACCCCUCUGAAUGAUGGUAAACAUUUUAGCUACAAGCGCCAGAGUGAUCCAGAUAUGCAGAAUAACUUCCGCAUGAACGCUCCAAGACAAGUUGAUAUUAGCAAACUUCGGGGGAUGGCAGACCUCACACCAAUGUCAGAUGGCCUAAUAGAAGUGCAAAAUCUUGAGAAGAACGCUCCAUUACGGUCAUCCACAAACAGAUGAAUGCAAGAACUACAACUAAAGAAGUCCAAAUAAGAUCUUCAAGAAGGGAAAGUACAUUAAGAAGGAAAAGUCUAAAGUAACUGCUAAAGGAAAGAGAAACUUAUUCAAUUUAAAGACCUCUCCAAAGCAAUACAUGACCCUUGAAGAUCCAAGAAUGAAGGCGAGAAGCAACAAAAGUGUUGAAGCCUCCAAUCGUCUGAUUUGUAAUAAUACUUUAUCUAUAAAAGGAUCCUUAGACAGGGCAGUAGCAGAUAGUGACCUCAAUACUUAUUACAACACCAUAGGUGCAGAAUCAAGCCAUGGUAGGAACUCAGCAAUGACAUCCCAUUCUAAUACUCAAUGCUACCUCAAAAACUCAGAUGGAAUCGUUCAUAAUUUCCAGCAAGUAACCGACAAAAUAAUAAAGAAGCAGAGAAAGAUCCUAUCCAAGCCAAAAAGAACAACUUCAAACAAAGAGAACCAGAUCAGGUCAAAAGUUGCUUACAGAACUCGUAAAUAA